CUCCCAAACAGGCAGACAUCACCUUCCCUAACAGCAGCGCCAUGGCCUUCUUUUGGUUUCUGUCCUGUUUUGCCCUUGUGGGGGUCGCCCAUGGCUGUGGAGUCCCUGACAUCCCACCUGUGCUGAGUGACCUGGCCAGGAUCAUCAAUGGUGAGAACGCGGUCCCUGGCUCCUGGCCCUGGCAGGUGUCCCUGCAGACCAAUACUGGCUUCCACUACUGCGGGGGCUCCCUCAUCUGUGAGAACUGGGUGGUCACUGCCGCCCACUGCGAGGUCAGCACCUCUGAUGUGGUGGUGGCUGGGGUGUACGAUCUGAAGAGAACUGAUAAGUUCACGCAGUUCUUACAGAUUGAAAAGGUUUUCACGCACCCCAGCUAUGAUUCUAACACAUUAUGCAACGACAUUGCAGUGAUAAAGCUGGCCACACCAGCCCGGUUCACCACGAGGGUGUCCCCUGUGUGCCUCCCUGAUGCUACUGAUGACUUCCCUGCCCAGACCCAGUGCGUCACCACCGGCUGGGGCCAGACAAAUGUCUUCCCACCUAAGACUCCCCGCAAGCUGCAGCAAGGUGUCCUGCCACUCGUGUCCUCCAAUGCCUGUAGGAAUUACUGGGGUGAUUUCUGCAAUAAGAUUCUCUGCGCUGGAGGCAGUGGUGUCUCCUCCUGCAUGGGUGACUCUGGUGGCCCCCUGGUGUGCCAGAAGGGGGGAGUCUGGAACUUAGUAGGCACCGUGUCUGGGGGCAGUGGGGACUGCUCCACCUCCACGCCUGCUCUGUAUGGUAGAGUCACUGCACUGGUGUCCUGGGUUCGGCAGACUGUGGGAAAAUAUCCUUGCUAA